CACUCAUGCUAUAAAAACCAGAUUUUAAAAACCAAAGGGGAAUGAAAAAGCAAAAGAGCAAACAAAACAACAAAAAGAAAAGUUUUCAAAAAAAAAAACAACAAAAAGAAAAAGCAUGUUCAGAGUUCCAGUCUUUCAGGCCCAAAGGCAAAGAUCCAAAGAACCCUCCUUUAAAUUAAACAAGAAUUCCCUCUAUUCCUUCCAAGUUCCAACUUCCAAACCUUGUGAUCUCCAGUUCUUUAAAUUAAAUAAUCCCCACUCUUCUUUCCCACACACCAUUCUUGGAAUCUGCUUCUCUUCCUUCCUAUAUAUAGUUGUCACCUGUCAGUGUGUGUUUUUUGCUUUAAGCUCCCACCCCUUCUUCUUCCUAGCUCCAAAAUGUGUUCAAGAGUUUGAAAUAUUGAUCAAAAAAGAAUCUUGAAUGGAGGGGCUGAGAAAAUUGGGUCUGAUAUGGUGGCUAUUGGUCUUGUCAGAAGGCAAUGCCACCAUUGUUGAGGAUGAUAAGCAGGCAUUGCUGGAGUUUGUUAAAGAACUCCCUCAUUCAAGGGCUCUGAACUGGGAUGAGAGGGUGCCUGUGUGCAAGAAUUGGACUGGGGUGAGCUGCAAUGGAGAUGGGUCAAGAGUGAUAGCAUUGAGGCUACCUGGGGUUGGGUUUAAUGGCCCAAUUCCAAACAAUACUCUUAGCCGCUUGUCAGCAUUGCAGAUCUUGAGCCUCAGAUCCAAUGGGAUUUCUGGGAAUUUCCCUCCAGAUUUUGGUAACUUGAAGAACUUGUCUUGCCUUUAUUUGCAGCACAACAAUUUGUCUGGUCCUUUGCCUUCUGAUUUCUCUGUCUGGAAGAAUCUUACUAGUGUUAACUUGUCUAACAAUGGGUUUAAUGGCAGCAUUCCUUAUUCGAUUUCGGGUUUGACUCGUCUUGCUUCCUUAAACCUUGCUAACAAUUCUAUCUCAGGGGAAAUCCCUGACUUGCAUUUACCUAGGCUGCAGAAUUUGAAUUUGUCUAACAAUGAUCUUACUGGAUUUGUGCCAAAGUCACUUCAAAGGUUUCCCAAAAGUGUGUUUCUUGGAAAUGAUGUUUCUUUCUUAGAUUUCUCUGUUUCUAGUCCCCCUAUUGUUUCCUUGCCUCCCCAACACAACACUGGAAAAUUGAGUGAAAAAGCUUUGCUUGGAAUUGUAGCUUCUGGGAGUGUAAUUGCCAUUCUUGGGUUUGGUUUUGUGUUUCUUGUUUGCUGUCUGAGAAGGAAACGCGAUGUGGGUUUCCUGGGGAAACUGGAGAAGGGGCGUAUUAUGUCACCCGAAAAGGCGAUUUCACGGGGGCAAGGUGCAAACAAUAGUCUGGUUUUCUUCGAGGGGUGUAACUAUGCGUUCGAUUUAGAGGACCUCCUGAGAGCUUCAGCAGAGGUUCUUGGGAAAGGAACGUUCGGUAUGGUUUACAAAGCGAUACUAGAGGAUGCCACGACGGUGGUGGUGAAGAGGUUGAAGGAAGUGGGCGUCGGGAUGAAGGAAUUCGAGCAGCAAAUGGAGGUUGUGGGAAGCAUAAAACAUGAGAAUGUGAUUGAGCUCAGAGCAUACUACUAUUCCAAAGAAGAGAAGCUCAUUGUCUGUGACUUUUUCAGCCAAGGCAGUGUUGCUGCAAUGUUGCAUGGAAAUAGGGGAGAAAAUAUGGUACCUUUGGAUUGGGAAACGCGGGUGAAGAUAGGCAUAGGUGCAGCGAGGGGAAUUGCAGGGAUCCAUGGAGCAAAUGGGGGGAAGAUGGUACACGGCAACAUUAAAUCCUCGAACAUCUUUCUCAACUCGAGGCGAUACGGCUGUGUAGCCGACGUUGGUCUGUCAGCGAUCAUGGGGUCGUUGCCUCCGCCCCUAGCACGUGCGGCUGGGUACCGGGCCCCAGAAGUUAUGGACACCAGAAAGGCAACACAGGCGUCUGAUGUGUUCAGCUUUGGCGUGUUGUUGCUUGAGCUCCUCACCGGGAAGUCCCCCGUGCACACGACGAGCGGGGACGAGAUCAUACAUUUGGUCCGGUGGGUGCAUUCGGUCGUCCGGGAAGAGUGGACCGCAGAAGUGUUUGAUGUGGAGCUGCUCAGGUCUCCAAACAUUGAGGAAGAGAUGGUGGAGAUGUUGCAGAUAGCUCUGUCAUGUGUGGUGAGGAUGCCUGAUCAAAGGCCUAAGAUUGGAGAGGUUGUUAAGAUGAUUGAGGGUGUUCGGCUGAUUGAUGGGGAUAAUAGCCACCAAUUAUGUGAAGCUAAAUCAGAAACACCAACCUCAAGAACAUCACCCUCUUUGCUUGACUCUGAUUACUAAAACCUGCAGAUUGAAGAACAGAAACCAGACAUCUUUUUUUUGUUUUUUUCUUUUGAUCCUAGUUUGUCAUCAUGUUAUUCUUCCAGUGGUGCUGAAAUGCUUUUUCACUGUCUCAGUGAAUCCUAUCUGUAUCAUGUUGACUUAAUUAUAAAUUUCAAUUCUUACCUUCA